UUUGUGUUCUUUGCCUAGUGGAACGAAACCGUGGAGCUUUUUCGUGCCAGGAUGCCAUCGCGAAAGCAUCGCUGUCGCUUCAAGACUUACGAGCAUUGCUUCACAGCGGCUGACGCUGUGGACUGGCUACAUGAACUUCUGAGGAACAGUCAGAACUUUGGGCCCGAGGUAACUCGCAAGCAAACAGUCCAGCUGUUAGGAAAAUUCCUGAAGAAUCAUGUUAUUGAAGACAUCAAGGGAAAAUGGGGCCAGGAGGAUUUUGAGGACAACCGUCACCUCUACAGAUUUCCUCCUUCCUCACCCCUGAAGCCAUAUCCAAAGAAGCCCCUGUAUCAGAGAGAUGUUAUUAAGUUUCCAGAAUGGAACGAUCCCCCAGCAGGCACUUCACAAGAGAACAUCCCAGUGAGGCCAAUUGUGAUGAGUUCUGAGGUGUGGUUCAAGCGCCACAGCAUCGCCAUUGGAGAGGUGCCGGCUUGCCGCCUAGUCCAGCGCAGGCAGCUGACCGAGGCCAGCGUGGAAGAGAUCUGGAAAUCUACGACGUUGUCACAUUUACAGAAAAUCCUUGGCCUAGAUUCCUUAGAAGAAGUUUUAAACACCAAGCUUGUCAACUCCAAGUUCAUAAUCCAUAAUGUGUACAGUGUCAGCAAGCAGGGCGUUGUCAUCUUGGACGACAAGUCAAAAGAACUUCCUCAUUGGGUUCUGUCAGCCAUGAAGUGUUUGGCAAAUUGGCCCAACUGUACAGAUUGGAAGCAGCCUAUGUACUUGGGGUUUGAAAAAGAUGUCUUUAAAACUAUAGCGGAUUACUACGCUCAGCUGAAGGAGCCAUUGCUCACAUUUCAUCUCUUCGACGCUUUCGUCAGUGUGUUAGGUUUGCUACAGAAAGAGAAGAUGGCAAUUGAAGCGUUUCAGAUCUGUUGUCUCCUACUGCCUCCUGAAAACCGGAGAAAGUUACAGCUGUUGAUGAGGAUGAUGACAAGGAUCUGCUUAAACAGAGAGAUGCCACCACUCUGUGAUGGCUUUGGCACGCGCACACUGAUGGUUCAGACAUUUUCCCGGUGCAUCCUGUGUUCUAAGGAUGAAGUAGACUUGGAUGAGUUGCUGGCUGCUCGGCUGGUGACGUUUCUGAUGGACAAUUACCAGGAGAUUCUGAAAGUUCCUGCGGCCCUGCAGACCUCCAUCGAAGAGCGCGUGGCUCAUCUGCGAAGAGUCCAGAUAAAAUAUCCAGGAGCUGAUAUGGACAUCACUCUGUCUGUACCUUCAUUUUGCCGUCAAAUUAGUCCAGAGGAGUUUGAGUACCAAAGGGCAUAUGGCUCCCAGGAGCCCCUGGCAGCCUUGUUGGAAGAAGUCAUAGCAGAUGCUAAACUCUCCAACAAGGAGAAGAAGAAGAAGCUGAAGCAGUUUCAGAAAUCUUAUCCCGAAGUCUACCAGGAGCGGUUCCCUACACCAGAGAGUGAAGCACUUCUCUUUCCUGAAAAACCCAAGGCCAAGCCACAGCUGUUCAUGUGGGCGCUGAGGAAGCCUUUCCAGCCAUUUCAGAGAACUCGAAGCUUCCGGAUGUGACUGGAGCUUUGCAGAUCUCAGUAGUAGAGACAGUUUUGAGUCAGUUGGGGAUCGCGAAUGCUGUAAUAAACUACUGAAAUAUGGAGUCUUGGAGAAUCCGCCAGAUUAUCUGACUCCCACAAUGUUGAGCCAUUAUCAGUAUUUUUGUUAAGUUUCAAUGCCGUUUUCAGAAAUGUUCAAGUCAAUGA